AUGGCGGAAGCGCACCAGGCCGUGGCCUUCCAGUUCACGGUGACCCCUGAGGGCGUCGAUGUCCAGCUGAGCCGCGAGGCCCUCAAGCAGAUCUACCUGUCUGGGGUCGCCUCGUGGAAGAAACGCUUUGCCCGCAUCAAGAACAGCAUCCUGACAGGCGUGUACCCCGCCACCCCCUCCAGCUGGCUGGUGGUUGUCAUGGCGACGGUGAGCUCCAUGUACUGCCGCAUUGACCUGUCCAUGGGCCUGAUCUGCCACAUCAGGCGGUACCUGCCCAGCUGCCGCUACCUGAGCUUCCAACACCGGACCCUGCUGAGCGCCGCGCUCUUCUCCACGGGGGUCUGGCUCUCGGGUAUCCUGCUCUGCCGGCAGUCUCUCAAGCUGCUGCUCUCCUACCACGGCUGGAUGUUCGAGCCCCACGGCAAGAUGAGCCGGAGCACCAGGGUCUGGGUGGCUCUAGUGAAGGUGAUGUCUGGCCGCAAGCCCAUGCUCUACAGCUUCCAGACCUCUCUGCCCAAGCUGCCAGUUCCCAGCGUGGAGGCCACAAUCCGUAGGUACCUGGAGUCCGUGCACCCCCUGCUGGAGGAGGAGAAGUACCACGAGAUGGAAGUCCUGGCCCAAGCCUUCCAGCAGCACACAGCCCCCAGGCUGCAGAAGUACCUGGUCCUCAAAUCUUGGUGGGCAACCAACUAUGUGAGCGACUGGUGGGAGGAGUACGUCUACCUGCGCGGACGAGGCCCCAUCAUGGUCAACAGCAACUACUACGCCAUGGAUUUCCUGUACGUGACGCCCAGCCCCCUGCAGGCAGCCCGAGCCGGCAACACCGUGCACUCCAUCCUGCUCUAUCGGCGGAAGCUGGACCGCGAGGAGAUCCCCCCGGUGAUGGCGCUCGGCAUCGUGCCAAUGUGCUCCUUCCAGAUGGAGAGAAUGUUCAACACCACCCGCAUCCCCGGGACGGAGUCGGACACCCUGCAGCACCUGUCGGACAGCAAGCACCUGGCCGUCUACCACAAGGGCCGCUUCUACAGGCUGUGGCUGUACCAGGGCGGGAAGCUGCUGAAGCCGCGGGACCUGGAGCUGCAGUUCCAGAGGAUCCUGGACGACCCGUCGCCCCCGCAGCCUGGGGAGGAGAAGCUGGCGGCACUCACUGCUGGAGAAAGGGUCCCGUGGGCCGAGGCCCGGGCCAGGUUCUUCAGCCAAGGGAAGAACAAGGUGUCUCUGGACGCCAUCGAGCGGGCUGCCUUCUUCCUGGCGCUGGACGAGGAGGCGCACGGGUACGAGCGGGGCAGGGAGGAUAGCAUGGACCGCUACGCCAAGUCCCUGCUGCAUGGCCGCUGCUACGACAGGUGGUUCGACAAAUCCUUCACCCUGGUCGUGUAUAAGAACGGCAAAGUGGGCACCAACGCGGAGCACUCGUGGGCCGACGCGCCCAUCAUGGGGCAUCUCUGGGAGUUCAUGCUGGGGACAGACAAAUUCCACCUGGGCUACAGCGAGGGGGGCCAUUGCUGUGGGGAGCCCAGCACAGCCAUGGCCCCUCCCCAGAGGCUGCAGUGGGACUUUCCGGAGGAGUGCAGGAAGGUUAUCGACAGCUCCUACCGCGUGGCCAAGGCACUGGCAGACGACGUGGAUUUCCACUGUUUCCAAUUCUCCAAUUUCGGGAAGGGCCUGAUCAAGCUAUUCAAGAUCAGCCCCGACGCCUUCAUCCAGAUCUCGCUGCAGCUAGCUCACUUCCGGGACAAGGGCAGCUUCUGUCUCACCUACGAGGCGUCCAUGACGCGUCUCUUCCGGGAGGGCAGAACCGAGACGGUGAGAUCCUGCACCAGGGAGUCCACGGCGUUCGUGCGGAGCAUGAUGGACCCGGCCCGGGGCCAGCUGGAGCGUCGACAGCUCUUCCAGGCGGCGGCAGAGAAGCACCAGCACAUGUACCGCCUGGCCAUGACGGGCGCCGGCAUUGACCGACACCUUUUCUGCCUCUAUGUGCUCUCCAGGUACCUGGGGGUGGAGUCGCCCUUCCUGGCGCAGGUGCUGGCUGAGCCCUGGCGUCUCUCCACCAGUCAGACUCCCCAGCAACAGAUCAAAAUGUUUGAUAUGGAGAAGAACCAGGAUCUCGUCUCCUCCGGUGGCGGCUUCGGCCCAGUGGCUGACGACGGAUACGGCGUCUCUUACAUCAUUGCUGGCGAGAACCUGAUCACCUUCCACAUCUCCAGCAAGUUCUCCAGCCCCAAAACGGACUCCAGACGGUUUGGGAGGAACAUCCGCCAGGCCAUGCUGGACAUCGCAGACCUCUUCAACGUUCCUGCCAACAAGGUGGCCAACUGA